AUUCAUGAAAUCAUUGAUGGAUAUUAUUUAUCGUAAACAUGUUGAAGCAAGCGGUCGUGUUUCUAUCGAUACUCUACGUCGCCUAUGCGGCUCUAGCGUUGGCAAAACUGGAGGAGAAACCUAAAAAAUUUAAGGAAGUGGAAGGUUGUUACAUAUCUGAGCUGGACGCGGUCAUCGCGUUCGGAAAAUCGUCGCCGGCCAAGAGCAGAUGUAUGGAGUAUCGCUGUGGGAAAACUUACGUACAGUUUGCAUCUUGCGGGGCCGUAGGAGCGUCUCCCCCCUGCUACGUGGUGGAGGACCCCACCCUACCUUACCCUGGCUGCUGCCCUAACAUAGAAUGUCCCAAACGCUAAGCGGCUAUUUCUAUGGCAACUUCGUUCGUAACACUCGCGAUGGACCGCGCGAGCCGGGGGGCGUGUAGCGAUGAAUGAAAAACCCACUUCCCCACACGUACGAUUUCACACCCACGCAGCGCAUCUUUUCCCCCGUCGCUCGCAUAUCAUAGGAGUGUCGUCAACGAACUUGCUAGACUAUACCUCUAUAUUUGUAUUUCAACUACUACAUUAUAAAUGAAGCAGUUCGAAUUUUGAAUAAAAUGAUUUUUUUAAAAACCUGUUCUAUUUAUCACAAGCCUAUUUAUAUGUAACCUAUUUAGUUACUUUUAGAGUUGUAUUAAAAAAUAAAAAACCAUAAUAGCCUCAGACCAA